GUUUAACUGCUUCCUCGCCUGCUGCUCGUGUCCUAUCUAUCAGUGGAAGAUGGCGACCAGAGUCCUUCAGAGCUCUUUCUCCGGCCUGUAUCGGGCUGCACACACGGGCCGGGCGAAAGGACACGUUACCGCUGUUAUCAGGGGUCUGUCAGCAUCUAAUAACCGGAACCGAGAGGACAGCUGGUUCAAAUCACUGUUUGUGCGGAAGGUGGACCCCAGAAAAGACGCUCACUCCCAUCUGCUAGCCAAGAAAGAGGACAACAACUUGUAUAAAAUCCAGUUUCACAACGUGAAGCCCGAGUGCCUGGAGGCCUACAACAAACUCUGUGAUGAGGUGCUGCCCUCCAUCCACGCUGAGCAGAACUACCCGUGUGAGCUGGUGGGCACCUGGAACACCUGGUACGGAGAGCAGGACCAAGCUGUGCACUUGUGGCGGUACAGAGGAGGAUACCCAGCUCUGACUGAAGUCAUGAACAAACUGAAGAACAACAAGGACUUCCUGGAGUACAGGAAGGAGAGGGGGAAGAUGCUGCUGUCCCGCAGGAACCAGCUGCUGCUGGAGUUCAGCUUCUGGAACGAGCCGGUGCCCCGAGACGGACCCAACAUCUACGAGCUGCGCUCCUACCAGCUGAGACCCGGGACCAUGAUUGAAUGGGGCAACUAUUGGGCCAGAGCCAUCAGCUACCGGCAGCACAACCGCGAGGCAGUGGGCGGCUUCUUCUCUCAGAUAGGAGACCUCUACAUGGUGCAUCAUCUCUGGGCGUAUAAGGACCUGCAGUCCAGAGAGGACACGAGGAACGCCGCCUGGCAGCACGAGGGCUGGGAUGAAGUGGUCUAUUACACCGUGCCGCUCAUCCAGCACAUGGAGUCCAGGAUAAUGAUCCCGCUGAAAGCAUCUCCUCUCCAGUAAUGCAUCCAUCCAAAUCAUCCCCAUGAGCUCCAGACCAGACCGAGACAUCGGAUACUGCCGUGAUUAUCUCUUGAUGCCACCCAACGUCACGCACAACACACUUGCUCGGACCGUAAUAACUGCACCAGCAAACCCAACUGAAUUUGUAGGAAUGAAGGGUAAGUUUUGAGAAUCUUUCUUAUGACGUAGACAUAUCUGAAAUCUGCUGCUUGCGUGAAUCUGUAUAUCGCUCGGCCGAGAUCUGUUAAAUAAAGUUUCGUUGGAAUAUGUAAAGGACAUAAAAGUGCAUUCAAUUAGAGUAUUAACCCCCUCUGGUCUGGUGGCCGCUGCAUCUGUGAUUCGCCAGAUCUCAAAACACCCUCAUAUUGGAAUGCCUUAGUUAACGCAGACGAGUAUGAACGGACUUCUGUCAGAAAGCAACCGUUUGCCGUUCACCCUGCUGCAAUCUACUCAUGUAUUUAUUGCAUAUUUAUAAGCUGUAAAUAUAAACCCCCACAUGGAGACUGUUUCAUGUUUUAAUAACCUACAUAUUCAGAUCAGUUAUUAACAGGAUGAGAUCUAAAUACACUGUUGGUUACUAAAUAGCCCUCGUUUAAGCAGAUCUGUGCAACUGGAGCUGGACAAGCCUCAUCGGGGACGGGUUGUGGUUUUUUUUUAGUUGCUGUAUUUUAUUUUAUAAUUCUUCUGUUUCUACAUAGACAUGUUUUUGUGUGAUCGCAGCAUGCUCCGGCUACUGUACGCUGAUCUGACGGGGAUUUAACAGCAACCAA